UGAUUUCGCCAUGUAUCAUAUGCUACCCUAUGCAUAUCGACCGCAGGCAAAUUAUAAAAGGACACAACACGGAGAAUUUCAAAAUUUGGUCGAAGGAUAUGUAAACAAAAUCCUCCGUGAAACCGAUAUUGUCGAUGCGGAAAACCCGAAUGGACGCAAACUGUUCAACUCGAUAGACACAUUUUUCUCAUAUGGAUUGCUGACGGGAGAUGGCACCUAUUGGAGAUGCAUCAGAACGUUUCUUCCGCGCGCUGAGCAGAAAAUGCUCAUCGCUGAAUGUGGUAAUGCGAAUGAUCGUUUCCUAUCGGUCGGAUGGUUGAAGACUUCGUUCAAUAAGGGAACUCUUCACUUCAUUCUUCUUGCUCUCAAUAAUCAGAGUAAUAAAGCGUAUUUGACAAAGUUCUACCACAUUAAUGCGUGCAUUCGCAAUUCGGGAUUAUUGGAGGCCAUCACCCAGUUUAUCGAGAAGCUGCAACCUGUGCAAUUUGCAUUCUACAGUACUCGCCAACUCCGUGCCGAACCAGCUCCAGCCGCCGUCAUCGACUCUACGCCGACUCAAUUGUCCCUGAGAGCUCAAGCUCGCCAACGAAAGCUCACUGAGAAGGAAGCAUCACAGGACACUGUUCCAAACGUCAUUCCAACGGAAAUUCCAUCGAUACUAUCGCAAGCAAUUGACCAGGAUGUUCUGCUCGACGAGCUAGUUCGCACUCGUCAUAACCGACUCAACACCGAGUUGUUUGAUGCUCAGCACGAAGAAAAUAAUGAGGACAACGCUCCAUCGCCGUCGGUGAUUGUUGAAGAAAAGCUGGAAGAUGUGAUGACCAAGAAAAUGUCUUGUGUGAAUAUGGAGUCGAUGAAUCCAGAUGGCAUUGAGCACAUCUUGGCCAGCGUCGAGCCAGAUGAUAUGGUGCUUCCAGAGUAUAAUUUAGCAGAUGGAGAAUACCAAAUGAGCCAAGGAGAUGUCUUGCACCUUGCUAUCAACGUAUUCGAGAAGUCGUCAGAGAAAAUCAUCGAAUGUUUCAAAGUGAUCGAGAGCUUCCACUCGGACAACAUGAAGCUUCGCUACCUUGUUAUGACCAACUACAACGUCUACGUCUUCAAAUACCGAACUCACACGCAGAAUUCGUCGCCAGGAAAAACAACAAACCUCUCGUCAGAAGGAUUUUUCAUCCCACUGUUCCGCAUGCCACACGAUCGGAUCAAGACCAUCAAGAUCAGCGUUGAUAACUUGUCAUUCAUGUUGGAAGCCAAUGAGGAAGGCUUCAGCCACUAUGUGCACAGCGAGGAGAAAGAUGACCAGACAGUUUUCGCGUACGUCGGCUCAAUGGCUGGAUUGGAGAGCGGUGCACACAUGAUCAACUCGCUCAUCAACCUCGUCGAGCACAGCAGUCGCCAGAUUACGAACCAUGCCGAAGUUGACGACCACAUUGGAUAUAUGUGCAUGCUUCAGCCAAAUUUAGAGAAGCAACUCGGACGCACAAUUGAUGUUCGUGCUGCGACGCUGUGCUUCUGGUACGAACAGACGUAUGAGGAGCGUGAACGAUCGACUGCAACAAAAUCCGGUUUUUUGUUCAAAUCGAACAUUGGGAACUGGAUUAAGAGCUCCGACGAGGCUGAGCAGAAGUACUGCAUGAUUGUUGGCAACAAUUUUAAUGUGUUUGCCGACUCGACCUGCAAGACCGAAGAAUUGGUGAUUAGCUUAAGUGGCUCCAGUAUCAAUAGCACAGGAAGAGUUGCUUUCCAAAUGAAAGCUGCAGAAGGUACAUUUGAGUUUGAGUGCCCAACCCAGGAGGAUCAAAUCGAAUGGACCAGAAUCCUGACAAUGAUUGCGGAGAAUAAGACGACGCAGCCAUACAUGGCAUCUUGCCUUGCAGUAGUCACGGAGACCUGCAUCGCACUGGUUCAAGAGGGCGAAAAGUUCUGGUCCGAUGGAUUCUUGCGCCUUCUCAACGAAGUUGGAGGUAUUAACGUCAAGCAAUCGGUAGUUGUUCGUCAGCCGGAGGAUAAGGAGAGCUUCUUUGGGAAUCGCUCGCCUGCGCUUUGCUUGGUCACCAAAGACGAUACCAUUCAUUACUUCUUCGUCCGAUUCGAUAAGGAGCUGGAACGGCUUGCGUCUGCUGUUCAAAGCAGUUACGGUGUCCGUUGGGCAAAGCUUGAUGAUGAUUUGAUUAAGACACCGAUUGGAAAAAUCAUCCAUAACACUUGCUGCUCCGCCAACACGCUGUGGCCAGUCUAAUUCGCAUCUCCAUUUCUUUACUCAUCAAGAGUUAACUCCAUGAUAAUCGCUACCUGGUCCGGGUACCCAUUGUACUUUUGUACUUUUUUUGUCCCAAUUUUCCCCAUACACAUUCAUUUCCAUUUCAGCCUUAACACUUAUAAAGUAGCUCAGUAGCUCAUGUCAUCUCCUCUUCCCACCUUCAACUCUGUUCCUUCGAACUUGUCUCAUUUAAUUGUAGUCUAUCGCGGGCCCAUUUGUGCAGAGCCCCCGGUGCUUCUGUUCGUCACGGCUAAUAACUGUUAAUUUCCCAGAUUUCUUUCAACCCACCUUUUUGUUGUUGUUAUCCUGCACAUUUCAAUGCUCACACCCCAAACUAGAUUAUACGGAAUUUCAUGUUUUUACACGUUUAAGUUGUCAUUCUUUCCCGCUUCUCCCGAACGUUUCAAAGCCUAACUCUCACAUUUACAAUUCACUUAUUCACCCUCGGUAUAUGUAUAAGCUUAUUCGAGCUUACUUUUUUUUUCUGUCUGUUUUUGAUUACGUGAAUAAUUUCUUUAUUUUUUUGUUCAUUGAACAAACAAAUUUCAAA